UACAAGCGUAGAAGAAGAAGGCACCAGCGGAAGCUGACAAAGCUGACACACUACGGAAGGAUUCCUUCACGAAGUCACAUUUUUUUACGCUCUCUUUUCAUCGGAUACCCUCGAUAUUGGUCGAGAAACUGUGCUUAAGCACCUGUGUGCUGUUGUUUGUGCGUCAGUAUGGCAGUCGUCAUCCGUUUACAGGGAUUGAGUGUCACAGCGGGCUCUGAGGAUAUUCGCAAGUUCUUCACUGGCCUAAGAAUUCCUGAUGGAGGGGUGCAUAUUAUUGGUGGGGAACGAGAUGAAGCUUUCAUUAUCUUUGCUUCGGAUGAAGAUGCAAGACGAGCCAUGACACGGUCAUUGGGUUGCAUUAAGGGUUCACCUGUGACAUUGCUACUGAGUAGUAAAACAGAAAUGCAGAACCUGCUGGAAAGAAGCACAAAAACUGUAGAGCUAGAUCAAAAGAGGCGACUCGAGGAGAAUGCAAGACGUGCUGGAAGAUCUAUGGACUCUGAGGUGGGCAGGAGACCAGGUAGCAGAUUGGAUCAUACCCCUCCUCCUCAGCACCAGGAGGCUUCAAGCACUAAUGACGAAUUCUUGUAUUUGUUCCUAAAAGGAAUGCCUUUCUCUGUGACUGAAGGGGAUGUCUUUAAUUUUUUCAGUGGUCUAGUAGUUGAUGACUUAAUCUUGUUUAAAACUGGAUAUGGUGCAAAGAAUGGGAAAGGUAUUGCCAAAUUUGCCACCAGUAAGGAUGCAUAUGAAGGCCUGAAGAGGGAUAGACAAUACAUAGGGUCAAGGUAUGUAGAGCUCUCUCCAUCAACAGAAGAAUACUGGUGUAGGGCUGGUGGUAAAGUGUCAUUGGCUGGCAGCACGGAUGUCAACUUCAUAAGGGAGAGAUCACCGAUUCGCAAUCAGAGGAAUCCACAACAUCAUGCAAGGUCUCAAUCACCUGUGUCUCAGAGGCCAACUGCUGCUUCUGACGAAGAGUACUGUGUUUUGUUGGACAAUCUAUCCUUCACAGUGGAAAAAGAUGACAUAAAGAAGCUCUUUCGUACUGCAAACCUUGAAGAUGGCCAGAUCCUACACCUAAUGGGCAGUGAUGGCAGAAGAACUAGAUCUUCAUUUGUGCUUUUCAGGAGUCUGCGAGACUAUUGUGAUGCCUUGAGCAAUGAAAAAAGGUUAUUUUUCAACCGAUGGGUUUAUACCCGCCCAAUUUCAAGAGAGAAAAUGAUCACCCUCCUGGAAUCUCAGGGCACGGAUGACGGACCUCCUGGUAACUCUGAAAGGUUUGAGGAAAGCCCUCCAUCUGACACCUAUGAUGCAGAGAAGUUGUGUCUGCUUGUGCGAAACCUGCCGUUUGAUGUGCGAAAAGUUGAGAUCAUGGACUUCUUCCUUGGGUUUGAUAUCACAGAGGACAAGGUGUUUGUGAUGAGUGACCAUAAGGGUGAUGGUGUUGGACAGGCUCUGGUUCUAUUCCGGUCUGAGGCAGAGGCUAUGAGCGCACUCGCUCUCAAUGGACAGAGGUUUCUUGGGUCAGAAGUCAUUCUGAAAUGCAUUUCGCGGUCACAGAUGCAGCAGUUGGGUUUUGAUCCUUCGAUGCAGGAGCCAUGUGAUCAAAACCCACGGCCAAGACAGGAGAACUACUCCAGCAGGAGCAGUGCAGCAGCCCAUCAACCUGGUGACACCGGGUACCCUGACUUCCGGAUUCCUCACGAUGGUGAUCCAAAAAUGCCUUACGCACAGGCUCAAAACCAUGGCAGCUACGAUUAUGAGCCCUACGUGGUGGAUCCACACACUCCACGAGACCGGGGUAAUGGUGUUCGGGGAGGCUUACAAGCCUCAGUGCAGAAUUUUGAUGGACCCACCUGUGUGCAGCUACUGAACUUGCCAUUCCAAAUCAGACGGGAAGAAAUCUAUGACUUUUGCUAUGGUUAUCAGAUUAUCUCUGGAUCAGUGUCACUACAGUAUGACCAGGGUGGAAGACCAAAAGGCUCUGCGACUGCGGUGUUUGAGUCCCGUCUGGAGGCGCUGAAAGCAAUUGAGGAGCUGAGUGGAAGACCAAUAGGUCCAAGAAGAAUACAGCUACUACUUGUGUAAUAGUGACAUUGGUUUUCAUGGCACUUUACAUGCCCCAGUGUUAUGAGGGCUUAAUAUUUUAGCAGUUGAUCGAGGAAUAGUUAAUUCAUGGGGAAAAUUCCAAUUUGUUUCUUUUCAUUUUUCAUUUUUUUCCCUUUUUUGCUUGAUAUGACUUUAUUUGAUUGGGAGUACAGUACAUUUAGCUGCUGUAUUUUUUCAUUUUGAACUGCAUUUCUGUAGAAAGCACAUGAUGUAGUCUGUGUACUCUGGGUUUUGUUUUCAAUAAUACUUUUCAACUGAUAUUAAAACAAGUUGGUGUUAUCAUUGAAUUGUUUUUGUUCAACUUUCAACAUAUUGUGACAAUGUAUGUACAUUUAACAUUUGUAAAAAUGUGUUUUUUAAGUAAAACACAUUCCAUUGCAAUUCACAGUUUUCCAUUACAAAUCUGGCACUUGGUGCUAACUAUUCUUGCUGACAUUUCACAAAAUGUGUCUACAGUGCAAGUUAAUCAAUUAAAAGACAACAAUUGGAAACC